GGGCAGUCUUUCGUCAGUUGUGGGUUGUUCUCUCGUUAUAACCAACAUCAGAACGACUAAAAAGUAAUAAUGUUAUUAUUUAUUUUCACGUUUGUGGCGCUAACUGCAAUCCAAGCGAGUGGGGAUCCUACAUGCCCCAAAACUGAUGGAAAAGAUCCUGUCUAUAUUCCUCAUGAAGACUGCACUAAAUUCUGGGAAUGUUCCAACGGCACUCCAUAUCUUUUCAAUUGUUCUGCUAAUUUACAUUUCAAUCCGACAUUGAACGUUUGUGACUGGCCUGAUCAAGCUGGAUGUAAGGGUAGUGGUGGAGGUAGUGGUGAGAGCAGUGGUAGCAGUAGCAGCAGCAGUAGUGAAGAAGAUACAAAGGAAAGCCAAGAAGAUAGCAGUCAAACAGACGACGAAAGUAGCAACAGCAGUGGUAGCGGCAGUGGUGAAACAGACAGUUCCCAAUGUCCUGCUCAAGAUGGUGAAGAUUCUGUUUACAUACCCGAUAAAGACUGUACUAAAUUCUGGCAAUGUUCCAAUGGUGUUCCUAUUCUGCAAAAUUGCCCUGCCGGUUUACAUUUCAAUCCAAAACUGAAUGUUUGCGACUGGCCCGAUCAAGCCGGAUGUAAGGGAAGCAGUAACAGUGAAGAGAACAGCAGUAGUGGCAGCAGUGGAAGCAGUGAAAGUGGUAACACAAGUGGUGACAGCGGUGAUGGUGGUGACAGCGGUGAUGGUGACGACGAUAGCAGUAGCAGUGGCAGUGACAGCAGUAGUCAAGAAAACAGUGGAGAAAAUGGAGGUGGCCAAUGCCCUGCUCAAGAUGGUGAAGAUUCUGUUUACAUACCUCACAAAGACUGUACUAAAUUCUGGCAAUGUUCCAAUGGUGUUCCUAUUCUACAAAAUUGCCCUGCCGGCCUACAUUUCAAUCCAAAACUGAAUGUUUGCGACUGGCCCGAUCAAGCCGGAUGUAAGGGAAACAGUAACAGUGAAGAGAAUAGCAGUAGUGGCAGCAGUGGAAGCAGUGAAAGUGGUAACACAAGUGGUGACAGCGGUGAUGGUGGUGACAGCGGUGAUGGUGACGACGAUAGCAGUAGCAGUGGCAGUGACAGCAGUAGUCAAGAAAACAGUGGAGAAAAUGGAGGUGGCCAAUGCCCUGCUCAAGAUGGUGAAGAUUCUGUUUACAUACCUCACAAAGACUGUACUAAAUUCUGGCAAUGUUCCAAUGGUGUUCCUAUUCUACAAAAUUGCCCUGCCGGUCUACAUUUCAAUCCAAAACUGAAUGUUUGCGACUGGCCCGAUCAAGCCGGAUGUAAGGGAAACAGUAACAGUGAAGAGAAUAGCAGUAGUGGCAGCAGUGGAAGCAGUGAAAGUGGUAACACAAGUGGUGACAGCGGUGAUGGUGGUGACAGCGGUGAUGGUGACGACGAUAGCAGUAGCAGUGGUAGUGACAGCAGUAGUCAAGAAAACAGUGGAGAAAGUGGAGGUGGCCAAUGCCCUGCUCAAGAUGGUGAAGAUUCUGUUUACAUACCUGACAAAGACUGUACUAAAUUCUGGCAAUGUUCCAAUGGUGUUCCUAUUCUACAAAAUUGCCCUGCCGGUCUACAUUUCAAUCCAAAAUUGAACGUUUGCGAUUGGCCAGAUCAAGCUGGAUGUAGUGGUAGCGGCAGCGGUGAAAGCGGCAGUAGCAGUAGUGACAGCGGCAGUAGCAGCAGUGACAGCGAUGAAAACGACAGUAGUAACAAUGACAAUACUAGCGGAGGCGACAAUAGCAACACAAGUGGCGAUGAUGAUGAUGAUGAUGAUAGCAGUAGCAGUAGCAGCAGUGGUAGCAAUAGCGGAGAGACUGACGGUGAUCCAAAAUGUCCUGCGAAAGACGGUAAAGACUCUGUUUAUAUUCCGCACGAAGAUUGCACCAAAUUUUGGCAAUGUUCUAAUGGAGUACCAUAUUUGUUUGAUUGUCCUGCCAAUUUACAUUUUAACCCCACACUGAAUGUUUGUGACUGGCCAGAACAAGCUGGCUGUACUGGUAAUGGAGGAGAAAGCAAUGAGAGUACUGACUAAGAAGUUAUAAUGUAUAUAAAUAAACAACAGGAAAACGUAAAUUUAUUUAACUAAGUAUUUAUUGUAAUUUCUGUAUAAAUAUAAAUUACCUCAGCAACUAA